AUGGCUACUGGACUGCUAAAGCGAAAUCGAGCAAAAACCUUAAAGAAGUUGUGGCUGAAUAUCAGCAGCGUUGCAAUCAGCGUCCACCACCACCUUCUCCCGUUUUGGGCAUUAAGUCCCCAGACGGUCAGAGAGUUGACAAAUCUCAUGAUCAUGGAUCGUUUCAACGAAAUUACUGCAGUAAUUAUCCGCGAUGGAAGUGCAAAAUUACAAGAAGAUAUUAUCCCCACCCAUGAAGGGAUGAUCGAAGGUGUCGCAAAGAUGGUCACCCCCUUCGCUCAGUAUCUCCCUGAUAUGGAUAUCGCAUUCAACUUGAACGAUGAAUGUCGAAUUGCUGUUGCAUGGGAAAACAUUACCGCGCUAUGCAAUUCCGGGAAGAGCCACGUCCCCUGGGCCAGUGAUGAACUAACGUAUCGGAUGCUCAAUGUUUUGUCCUCCAGAACCGAAAGCCAAAACAUCAUUGAUAUAGAGCUAGCGAAGCCAUCUGAUAUCUGCCAUCAACCCGGCCUAUCUUCUCUACACGGCAUAUGUACAUCUCCCUCCUCCCUUAAACUAUCGAUAUCGCUCUUACCGGUCUUUAGCCAGAGCAAAUCCCAGCGACGAACACCCAGAUCCGCCUUACCCCGAAAACAACCCCGCCCUCCUCUGGCGCGGCACCACAGCUCCAGUGACGAAUGGAAAGGCAUGACCUCCACCUUGCCAACAACCACACCUCAUAUCCCGUUUCAAUCCUGCUUCCCUCCUCGUCCUCAUCCAAGGAGAACCCAACUUCCAGCAGAUACAUCAACAUCCCAGCCUCAAGCGUCUCCACCACUCUCGAUCUCCAAACUUCCGUCUUCCUCACAGACAAGGCGACUGACGCCGUGGCAUCACUUUGUGCCGAUUGAUGUUCGAUUGCACGGAUUGUGGAGUUCUUUGGCAUAUUUUUCUGGGGGAAGGAUCGUGGAUGCCAAUGCUCCUGAUGCUGGUGCUGAUGCUGGCGCUGAUGCUGGCCUGAAUAACGAAAAUAGUAAUUGUGACGUUACGAAAAUUAAGGACGAAAAUGCGAAGGAAAAAUUAUCAAAGACGACUAUCAAUACCAAUCGUAACGGAGACGAUGAUUACGAUAAUCACAAAAUUCUGAUGUAUCCACAUACUCGCAAAGGAGAAUUUAUAGCUGAAGAAGGCUGCAAAUGGGCUGAAAAGGCGCUUGGGAAGGAAGAUGUGGAAAUCUACAUGUUUCGGCUGCUGUUGGAGUGA